AUGGUGCUCAUGCGUCGUCGCGAUAAGCGCCGCGGCAACGAGGCUGAAGAGAUCAUUGUAGCUAGUGACUCGACCAUUGUAGCCAAUAAAGGUGUGCGCUCACUGAGCUGUGCACGUACGGGUCGAUUUGCCGCCGAUAUGCGCGUGAGAGUGGGUGGUUACGGCCGCGCUGACAAGACAUGGGGCCUGGAUCAUCCGUGGCACUCUACGGAUGAGGGCAAUUUGUUUUCUCAAUUGUGUGCUAAAGACCGCAUGGAGGAGGGUGCUGUGGAAAAUGAAAGGUUGCAAGAGGAGCCUGUACUAGGCCUGAGUCGCGCGCAGCUUAAGAAGCGGAAGGCUAAACUUAAGAAACAAGGACUGACAGCCGAGCAGGCAGCCGAGAAGGCGCUGAAGGAGGCUCAAGAGGCCAAAGAACGUCAUGAAGAUGAGCAAAAAAUGACAAAAAUGAAGGAGCUUGAAAGGAGAGAAGAGAUGAGAAAGAAGCGGCAAAUAAAGAGGAGUCAGAUGCAGACACAAGAAAAAGAGACACAAAUUGCGAAAGAUGUGACUGAAAAGGAGAAGCGCAAAAAAGAGAAGGAACAAAAAAAGUUAAAGAAAAGGCAAGCAAUAGAGCAGGUGGAGCAGCAGACAAAGGAGCAAGAGCUCGAGAUGCAGAGUCGGGAAGUACUGGCAUCAGCCUACGAGAAGAAUGUGGGUAGUGAAGUUACGACCAAGAGUGGACUGGUGCUUCAGGAUCAACGUAUUGGCCAAGGAAAGGUCCCAUAUCUAGGGGAAAUGCUGACUGUCAAGUAUCGUGGACGUCUUGGACAGGAUGGUCUCGUGUUUGGCAAGGGCAUGCUGACUACAAAAUAUGGUACUAGCUCGGUCAUUGCUGGAUGGGAAGAAGGUCUCGGUACGAUGCGGCCUGGUGGAGUUCGAUUGCUAACAAUUCCGCCCGAAUUAGGUUACGGUGAAAGUGGAAAAGGCGAUAAGAUUCCGCCGCACUCGACGCUAUUUUUUGAGGUAGAGCUUGUGCGAAUCGGGAAGCGCAAACGCGAUGUUAUUGGCGAGGACGAGAUGCCGUUGCCCUGUUCUUUCCAGCGUAAGCGUAUCAAACAAAAUCCUGGCAAAUUAAAUAUUAAGGAGCAAGAUAAUAGCCCGUUGAGGCUGUCGAGAAGUCAGCUGAAGCGGCGACGUCGGAAUCGAAACAAAACGCUGCACGGGAAGGUUGAUCCAGCAGAUGGACCAUAG